AUGGCGCCCCGCGGGCCCGUGCGCGUCGCGAUAUGCGGCCCGCCGGGUGCCGGGAAGACCGCGCUCGCGCGCGCGGCGGCGAGCGCCGCGGGCGUCGGCCCCGCCGGGCACGGGGCGGACUUCCACGCCCGUCGCCAUCACUCCGACGGCUGGGGACGGAACGCGCGGAGCACCGCGCCGCCAGCGACGAUCCCGGCGCACCUCGCCGGGCCCGACGACGAUGACGAUCGCGCGGUGAUGUUGCUGGACACGCCGGGGUGGGCGCCGUCGAGCGGCGGCGGCGGGGGCGCGAACGGUACCGUCCCCACCUCGUGCCCGCCGCUGGCGUCGCUCGUGCCGCACCUGCGAGGCGUCGCGCGCGACGCCGACGUCGUCGUGUUGGCGUACGACGCGGGCGGAACGACGCGGGAAGUGACGGAACGCAUCAACGCGCUCAGUUCGCUGUGGCUCCCGGCGCUGCGCGAGGCGCUCCAGCGGCCGAGGCGACGGGCGCGCAGACGCUCGGGGUCCCAACCGUCGGAGAUGGGCGACAACGACGACGAAGACGACGAGGGCACGCGGAGGAUCCCGGUGGUGGUCGCCGGGUGCAGGCGCGACGCGCGCCGCGGGGAGGACGCCGGCGGGCGGACGCCGGUGACGAACGGCGCGAACGGUGUCGGCCGUUCCGACGACGACGCCGGCCGCGCCGACGGAGCGCCGGCCGCGGACAAACCGAAGAAACCGAAACCAAAUCUAAAACCAAAUCCAAAAACCGCCGCGCCGGGGGCUUCGAACGACGCGAACGGCGGCGGCGGCGGCGGCGGCGACGGCGACGUCGACGUGGAGGCCGCGCUGCUGGCGCUGAUGGACGCGUGGCGCGAGAUCGAGUCGUGCGUGGAGUGCAGCGCGCGCACGGGUUUCAACGCGUUGAAAACCGUGCGGCUGGCGAGGAGGGGGGCGAUUUUCCCCGUAGCGCCCCUGCUCCAAACGCAGCCGAGCUCCAGCGACCCGUCCAGCUCGCCCGGGCAGAUCGCCGAGCUGUCCGCGCGGUGCACUCGCGCGCUCGCCGACGUGUUUCACGCGCACGACGUCGACGGCGACGGCGCACUCGCGGACGUCGACUUGGUUCGCAUGCAGCGGCGGGCAUUCGGCGUCGCGCCGGCGCCGGGCGAGCUGGACGGGCUUAAGCGGACGUGCGCGGACGCGACGAACGGCGCGGGCGUCGUGACGCUCGACGGCGACCACACGGGGUUGACCCUACGGGGGUUCCUGUACGCGCACGGGCUGUUCGUGGCGAAGGGUCGCGCGGAGACGACGUGGACGUUGCUUCGCGCGCACGGAUACGACGACGACCUCGAGCCAAUCGUCGACGACGGGGAGGCGGGCGAGGACGGGGAGGGGGAGGAGGACGGGGACGGGGAGGGGGAGGCGCGCGGGUUUCCGUCCAAGACGCCGGCGGUGGACGUCGCCGCGUACCUCGCCGCGGGGGCGGUGCUCGCGGGCGCCGCCGUGUUCGCGUUCCGAACGACGGGCGGGAGGGACGCGCGGCCGCCGGGCGGAUUUAUCACUUCCGAGUGCUUUCAUUGA